AUGCAAAAUAAGAAAAUUUUGCCGUGGGAUACUCGGACAGGUGAAAUUGUUCAGGAAUAUGAUCGCCACUUAGGGAUUGUUAACUCAAUAACAUUUUUUGACAAGAAUCGAAGAUUCUGCUCAACUUCUGAUGAUAAGUCAAUUCGAAUAUGGGAAUGGGAAAUUCCUGUGGAUACAAAACUUAUUCAGAAUGCCGGCUUACACUCAAUACCAACGAUGACGAAGUCUCCAACAGAAAAAUGGAUAGUUGGUCAGUCGAUGGAUAAUCGUAUCGUAUUAUUCCAACUGAUUGAUGACAAAUUACGAUUUGCCAAAAAGAAAGCGUUCAAAGGACAUAAUGUUGCUGGUUAUGCUUGUUCAGUGGAUUUCGCACCAGAUAUGAGCUUUCUAACAUCGGGUGAUGCGGAUGGCAAAGUAUUCAUUUGGGAUUGGCGUAAUCACAAAAUAGUGGCGCGAUGGAAAGCACACGAUGAUUGCGUUAUCGCAACAUUAUGGCAUCCACAUGAAACUUCGAGAAUGAUAACCGGAAGCUGGGAUAAUGUGAUUAAAAUGUGGUUUCGUCAAAAAUUUCUUUCUGGAGCAGAUUGUAUCUCAAUUUCUGAUCGGAAGAAAUAUUGUGAGGGAUAUUGUCAAGGUGGUCAUAUGCUUGCCAUAGGAUGCAUAUGCAACACUCGUCGUAGCUAUCGAUUCAGGUUUCUGCGCGAUUUCAAUAAAAACGAACUGAAAUUGAGGACAGUUCCAGAGAAAUGGAAAGGCCGCAUUCAGUGGUGGAAAGAACCUAUCUACAUUUCACCGCAUGUGAAUGUCUUACAGAAGGGAGUCGAUUUCACUUUUCAAGACGGUCGACCAAUCUAUGUAACAUCUCUAGAUGAGGUGCGGAGGAAAAAGGAACAAAUCGAGUUGGGGAAACGAAUUGUUAAACUGCUUGGUGAAGUGCGCGACGCAGAAGAAAUGUACAAACAGCGGUUGGAAGCCGAAAAACAGGAAAAUGAAAGAAGACUUGCAAUAGUACCACUGCCAAAAGGUACACAAGAAAUAUCAUAA